AAGCUGAAGAGUUAAGCUCGUCUGUGAUUUGUCAGGAAGACUGGACUUGGUUACGUGGCUUUCACUGUGGGGUGUAUGGGACUCUAACUGAGACGUUGUAUUUCGCGAUCUAUCACAGUGAGGCAGCAGCACAGAGAGGAACUUUAUACUGAACACCAUGCCCGGGCCUGCUGCAAGUGCAACUAAUGUUGGCGCAUCUAGUCGAUCACCAAGUAAAGCUGUUGCACCCAGAGCUGCAGGAUCAACAGUGAGACAGAGAAAAAAUGCAAGCAGUAGCACAAGGAGCGCAGGCCGUACCACUUCAGCUGGCACAGGCGGCAUGUGGAGGUUCUACACUGAGGAUUCACCAGGUCUAAAAGUUGGGCCAGUUCCAGUGUUGGUGAUGAGCCUUCUUUUCAUUGCAUCUGUCUUCAUGUUACAUAUCUGGGGAAAAUACACACGGUCUUAAACUUACCCUCCUGAUGACAACUUUUUUUUUUUUUUUUUUCCUGAAAACUGCAGACAUUGAUAUCGGACCAAACAUUUGGACUUUUUAUUUAAAAAAACCCCCCAUCAAUUUCAAAAGUUGAAUGGAUUAAAUAAUGCUAAUAUAUCUCACAGCGUUGACAGAUUUCUUGCAUCUGAUAUCUUUUUAUACAUCAAUAAAUAAGAAAAUACCAUCAUACAGGUUAUUUUUAAACACAAGAUCUAGGAUAAAGUGUGUGUGAUAUUGCAGAUAAGUUGUACUAUUUGUACGCAACAUUUUCUUACUACCCAAGAUAAUUUUAAUUUUACAAGGAAGUUGUAUCUUAAUCCCUUUCCCUUUAAUAUAUUAACCAUGUGCUACUUUGUUGUUGAGGCAGUUUAAUGUUCUUGUAGGACCCACAAUUAUACAGUAAAUAUAUUAAACGUCUUUUGCAUUGGGCGCUCGUGCUCGUCCAACAAUCCCUAAAAGGCAAUAGAGCAAAUUAUGCAAAAUAAAUUAAGACAAUUUUAAAAACCUAUGUUAGAUUAUUUUUUUUUUUUUGAGACUAAAGCAAGAGGUGUUUAAUGACCAUUUUAAAGGGAUAUGAAACCCUCCACAAAAUAUUUUGUGAUUUAGUGCAUUAAAUUUUUUAAAAAGUUUCCAAUUUACAUUGAUUAUAUUUGCUUUUUUUCCAAGGUAUUCUUUGUUUAAUCAAUAACUGGGCAGGUGUUUGGAGCACUACAUGACAGGAAAUAAUGUUGCCAUCUAUUGCUCUUUCAAAACUGCUGUCAAAUAGUGUUUGUGACAAGUGCAUGCUCCUAAGCUUACGUUCUUGCUGUUCAACAAAUAAUACCAAGAAGACGAAGACAAUUUGAUAAUAUAAGUAAAUUAGUUGUUUACAUUUGCAUGCUCUUUCUGAACCAUAAAAGAAAAAUGUUGGGCUUCAUGUCCCUUUAAGGGUAUAUAUUGUGCCUAAAUGCACAAUGAUAUACAAGUACAUAACAAUAUAUAUAUUUUUUUCUCUUGUUUUGGAUUUUAUAAAGUAAAUGAAAACACUAAAAUUUGCUUUGGUGAUAAUUGUUUUUCUUGUAACUGAAAGUGCACACUCCUAUGGGGUAGACUAACAUUAUUAUUUAGAUUUGAAAACAUUGUUUUGCAUAAAAGACAACAUCAAGGCCUACAUUUCUAUAGAAGAGAGCUAAUACAACUCUAAAGCAAAUGUCAUUUUUGAACACUGGAUGGGGUUUACUAGAGAGACUAAAAUAAUUCACUGCUUUUAAUGUUCCCAAUAAUCAUUUUUUUCCUGCUGGAAUGUUUAAAUUGUUAACCAUUAGUUUGUCAUUUGAACUAGAUUUUUGCUAGUUGAAACCACCACCUAUAUCAAUACUGGUUAUAGAAACACUAUGUACGCAAGAAGCAGCAAAAAUCAAUUUUCCAGUAGAUGUUUGAAAGUGAAAAAAAUAGUGCAGCCUAUUUGAAAGGGUGUUCCUAAGGAAGCUUUUAAUGUUUCAAUCAUGAAAACUGUUAUUAAAUAUUCAUAUUCGUUUUGCUUGAAAAA